AUGGAAAUAUUAGGAAUCUCCCUUUUUUUCGAACAAAUUCCAUUUAAGAAUUGGUCUCCCUUCAAAUGUCUAGAAUAUUUGGAACGUAAAUCCAUAGAUCUGAGAACAUCUGACAAAGAAUUGUUACAAAAUGAAUUCAAGAGUCAUGACCAUUCAUUAAUUAAUCACCAAACAGUGUCGAAAAGUGCACAAAAAAAAGCUAAUAAACUUUACAAUGAGAUGAGUCAGUUGUUUGAAUCUGAAGAAGUUACGACAAUUUUUAAAAGAAUGGAUACGAAAGUGAUUGAAGAAAGUAAAAGGCAGUUAUUAGCCGUAAAAAAAUCACAGUUCGAUACGGAAGUUCAGCUCACUGUCGAAGAUUACAAAAUAUAUACUGCACCAUCUUCGAAAUUACAUGCUAUAGGAAUAGAAACCUCGGGUGAAACUUCCAAACGGAAACGUGAAAUAGAAUAUGAUCAAAUGGUAAUGGACCCAAAUGAAAAACCACUACAAGAUCUGUUUGAUGCCGAGUUUCAAUGUCCCGAGAAUAUGAAGCUAAUCUUUCAAUACCAUAAUAAAUUCUACGUAAAAGAUCUGAUUGACUUGAGGUCCAAUUCUAACUUUACAAAAAGACUUCCUUCAAACCUUCUGAAACCAUAUCUUAAAGAGCUAGAUGACAGGAUUGAAGAUUUGAUUCCGUCAAACGUUCAUAACUUCUUAACGGAGUCUUUUAAACAAAACUUAUCGGAUAGUGAUUGGAUUAUUAAGAUCGAUGAUCUACGAUGUUCAGACAAAGAUGAUUCUUUAAUGGUUUCAACGGUGCGAAUUUUGCGCAAGACAUUGUCAACUUUUAUUAUGGCAUUUUCGCUGGGACCAAGAAACCCACUUUUAAACUUGGCUACAUUAGAGAAACCUCACUUAAAUAAUUUUUACAUCCCUGCCUUCAGGCCUGCUUAUGGUACAUUUCAUCAAUAUGCUACGAGUUUGGGGAGAUUAGCACAAGAAAUCACAAGCGCGAAUGCGCCGACAGAGUCGGUGUACAUGGAAGGUUCAAAAAUAGACGCUGAUGAUGAUAAAGAGAUUGCGGAUGCAUCAAAAAUCUCAAAAAAUCUUCAAAAAAUUUUUUUAAACAUCGUUAAGGAAAACGUAAAAUGCAGAAGGCGACUACCCAAAUCUCUUGCCAUCUUUGAUGGUCAAAGUUUUCGACUUCAAAUACAUUUGAAUUUUCUAGAUUACUGUGGAGGAAAAUUCCGUCUUAAUGAAGUAGAUAAUGCCAAUCUUUCACGUGACUUUACUAAGAUGGCGGAUUUUGUAUUUUUUUACGAAUGCAUGAUAAAGUGGGCUAAAUUACAAUUUAGUGGCUGGCUCGGAAAGUCAAGGAAGGCUUUGAAGAAUCAAGAGCUCAAAAAAGGCCGUCAAGACUCUUUCAUUAAUGACUUGAAUGUAACAAAUGAUCUAUAG